AUGUAUUACGACGCUAUACCACACCCAAAAGGAUUCAGAAAAUACCACCAGAGCCUCCAGAAUUUCAAGCCCAUCCGCUUUUCUUCACCUGAGUCAAAUCGCAUUGACAAUGCCAGCUUCUUGUCCUUUUCCACUUUCACCUGGGUGAUCCCUGUGAUGUUGUCUGUUUUUCGGAAAACCAUAGACUUUACUUCACUUCGUCUGUCUCCAUAUGAUUCAUCUGAUGUCAGCACAAACAGACUUAAGAGAUUAUGGGAAGAGGAAGUGGCCAAAGUGGGACAAGACAAAGCAUCUUUAUAUCGAGUGCUGAUGAGGUUUCAGAGAACAAGGUUCAUCGUGUCGUCUGUGGUUGGAGCUAUUGCAAUGAUUGCUACAUUUGUAGGGCCAGGUAUUGUGGUUUAUGAGAUCCUUAAAUACAUAAGUGAUCCAGAGUCUCACACGUUAGCCAAAGGAGCAGGUCUGGCCUUGGCGUUGUUCAGCAGUGAAUUCUGCAAACUUUUGUUCAUGUCUCUGCUCUGGGCCAUUAAUCUGCGCACAGCUGUCAAACUCAAAGGGGCUUUUUCAGCUCUAGCUUUUGAAAAGGUCCUCUCCCUUCGAGUCAACCAUGGCCUUCCUAUGGGCGAGCUGAUUACUGUUCUGACCAGUGACGGACACCGGCUCUUUGAAGCAGCAAUAUUCGGGAGCUUCAUGCUGGUCUGUCCCCUGCUGUCUAUCAUAGGUGUUGUAUACGCCUGUUAUAUGCUGGGCCCUUCUGCUCUUGCUGGUGUCUUCACCUACCUACUCUUCUUUCCUAUACUGGCUUUUACUGGCAAAAUGUAUAAGAAAUUCCAAGGUUCAGCCAUAAAGUUGACUGAUGCUCGAAUUCGCAAAAUGAACGAGAUACUGACCAGCAUCAAACUAAUCAAGAUGUACGCCUGGGAGGAGAGCUUCGAGAAGGAAGUUGCAAUUAUCAGGAAGAAAGAAAGGAGAAAUAUUAGGAAUGCCAGUUAUUUUGAGAAUACCAACAUCAGCCUCUGUGUUCUGUGCCCGGUCAUCUCCACUGUGUUUACGUUUUUGGUGCACUUGGGCUUUGAUUUACCUCUGACCCCUGCUAACGCAUUUAGCACCAUUGCCGUAUUUAACGUCUUGAGGUUCAGUGUGGUUAUACUUCCAUUUGCCAUUCACGCUUUUGUUGUGGCUGCUAUUUCAGUUGGACGCCUCCAGAAAAUACUGAGAGUGGAGAAUCCAGAGCCAUAUCUGAUCAAAAGAAAGGACCUGGACAUGGCUGUGGUCAUGGAGAAUGGCACAUUCUAUUGGGUCAAACCAGAUGAACAGACAGAGCCCACGACUCAGACAGAAGACAAGGAGAAUCCUUCAAAACCCCAGCUGGAGGUCAAGCCCACUCUGAAGAACAUCUCCUUCACUUUACCAAAGGGUACGCUUCUCGGAGUUUGUGGGAACGUCGGGAGUGGAAAAACCUCUCUCAUUUCAGCCAUUUUAGAAGAGAUGUACCUCCAGCAGGGAACAGUCAUGGCCAGUGGGACCUUCGCCUACGUUGCUCAACAAGCCUGGAUGUUCCAUGGGUCUGUCAGAGAAAACAUUGUGAUGGAUGCCCCCUUCGAGCGUCACAAAUAUGAAAAAGUCCUGGAUGUGUGCAGUCUCCGUGCCGACUUAAAGAUUCUUCCAUAUGGGGAUCGAACUGAGAUAGGAGAGAGAGGUCUGAACUUGUCAGGAGGGCAAAAGCAGAGGAUCAGUUUGGCCAGAGCAGUCUACUCCAACAGAGACAUAUUUCUUCUGGACGAUCCUCUGUCUGCUGUCGACGCCCAUGUGGGGAAACACAUCUUUGAAGAAUGUAUCAAGAAGGAGCUCCAGGGAAAGUCUGUUAUCCUGAUCACACACCAACUGCAGUACCUGGAGUUUUGCGAUCACAUUUUGCUGCUGGAGGAUGGAGAGAUUGUUGAAAGUGGGAAACACCAGGAUCUCAUGGAACUCAACAAACGCUACGCUCAGCUCGUCAGCACCUACCAGACAGAGCAGUCCAAAUGCACACCAGCCAUCGUUUGUUACAAUGGGCUGCCAGACAGAAAUAAUAGCAUCGUGCACAACAGGGACACAGCUCUGUCAAAACCCUCCAGCCCCAUUGUGAUACGACUCAAAGGAAACAAAGAAGAGCUAGAGAUAGCCACUCGGCUCAUUACCUGUCCUCCUGAAGCCCCUUUGGGCAAAGACCAGCUCAUAAAACAGGAAACACAGGGCACUAUGAAGUGGGGAGUGUACUACGGCUACAUUAAAGCAGCAGGAGGACUGUGUGCCGUAUCUCUCGUGUUCCUCAUCUUUAUCUUGCUUGUUGGAUCCACAGUGUUUUGCAACUGGUGGCUCAGUUUUUGGAUUGGACAAAGAAAUGGGUUCAAAGAGACCACUUUUUUCCACUUCUUCAAUGAACACCCUGAGUAUAACUUUUAUGAAAUUAUUUAUGGAUUAACAGUUGUUUUGAUGUUGGGACUGGCCUUUCUAAAGUGCUUUGUCUUCACUGGGCUCACAAUCAAAGCAGCCUGCAAAUACCACGACCGAAUGUUCAAAAACAUCCUGUCUUGUCCCAUGAGUUUCUUUGACACCACUCCAACUGGCCGUAUUCUGAACCGCUUUGCUAAAGACCAGGAGGACGUGGACACGAUACUCCCAUCACACAUCGACCCUUUUAUUCAGUUCUGUCUUUUGGUCACUUUUAUCUUCAUUGUUGUUUGCGCCAUCUUCCCGUUCAUUCUCGUGGGUGUGCUGUUUUUUGGAGGCCUGAUUGGAGUAAUCCUCUUUAUAUUCCAAACAAGUAUUCAACGGAUAAAGCAAAUAGAGAACAUAAGUCGUUCUCCUUGUAUUUCCUUGACCACUUCAGCACUACAGGGGCUGAGCACCAUACACGCCUACAACACUAAAGUCAGCCACUUACAAAGGUUUAAGCAGCUUAUAGAUGUGAACUCAAACUACCUGUUCUUGUUUCAGUGUUCAUCUAGACAGCUGUCAUUCUGUCUGGAUUUUUUUGCCGCAAUAAUGAGCUUUUUAGUAUCAAUAUUUGUUAUUUUUACCUCUAACAACCUCAUACCGGUACAUCUAAAAGGACUGGCCAUUAUGUACAUCAUACAGCUGACAGGAAUGCUUCAGUAUGUUGUGAGAGAGGCAACGGACGUGGCUGCGUGUUUCACCUCAGUGGAGCGUCUUCAAGAAUACAUUAAAAAGAACGUGCCCGAGUCUCCCAGAUAUGUGCAAAAUGUUGAUAUCCCCAAACACUGGCCAAUGAACGGGGCCAUCACUUUCCACAACUAUAUGAUGAGAUAUAGAGAAAACACUCCAAUUGUCCUAAAUCGGUUGAACCUGUCCAUCAAAGGUGGAGAGAAGCUUGGCAUUGUGGGAAGAACAGGAUCAGGGAAGUCGUCUUUGAUCGUAGCUCUGUUCCGUUUGGCGGAGCCCACACGAGGAUACAUACUGAUCGAUGGAGUGGACAUAUCCAGCAUUGAUCUGCAUGAUCUACGAAGCAAACUCUCUGUCAUCCCACAAGACCCUGUUCUCUUUGCCGGCACUGUCAGAUACAACAUGGACCCUUUUGGCAGUUACAGUGACGAUGAAAUUUGGACAGCGCUGGAGAAAACCUAUAUGAAGGAGUCUAUCUCACAGCUUGAGGAGAAGUUACUCGCUCCAGUUUUGGAAAAUGGAGAGAACUUCUCUGUAGGACAAAGACAACUGCUGUGUAUGGCUCGAGCUCUGCUGCGCAAUUCAAAGAUCAUUCUGCUGGAUGAGGCAACAGCCUCGAUUGACACAGAGACAGACGCUCUGAUCCAGAACACAAUAAGAGAUGGCUUCCAGGACUGCACCGUGCUAACCAUCGCACACCGCAUCAACACCAUCCUGACCUCCGACCGUGUUCUGGUCAUGGACCAGGGGCAGGUCGCAGAACUGGACAGGCCAGACGUAUUACAACAGAGGCCAGACUCCGUCUUCUCCUCUCUGUUGGCGGCCGCUAACAGUUUAAGGAGUUGA